AUGGACUUGGGAAAUCAAACAAGAGUUUCAGAAUUUUUACUCCUGGGAUUUUCCCAAGACCUAGAGGAUCAACAGUUGCUCUUUGCACUGUUUCUGUCCAUGUACCUGGUCACCGUUCUGGGGAACCUGCUCAGCAUCCUGGCCAUCAGCUCUGACUCCCACCUCCACACCCCCAUGAAUUUCUUCCUCUCCAAUCUGUCCCUGGCUGACAUCGGUUUCACCUCCACCGCAGUCCCCAAGAUGCUGGUGAACAUCCAGGUGCAGAGCAAUGCCAUCAGCUAUGCAGGCUGCAUCGCCCAGAUGUAUUUUUUCAUGGUUUUUGGAGGCAUGGACACAUUUCUCCUCACCGUGAUGGCCUAUGACCGGUACGUGGCCAUCUGUCACCCCCUGUACUACCGUGUCAUCAUGAACCCCCGCCUCUGUGGCCUGCUGGUUCUUGUGUCCUGGUUCCUCAGCUUGUCAUACUCCCUGAUCCAGAGUCUGUUGAUGCUGCAGGUGUCCUUCUGUACCAGUUGGGUCAUUCAGCACUUUUACUGUGAGCUUGCUCAGGUCCUCACGCUUACCUGCUCAGACACACACGUCAAUUACAUCCUGCUCUACGUGGUGACCGGCCUUCUGGACUUUGUGCCCUUCUCAGGGAUCCUUUACUCCUACACCCAAAUUGUCUCCUACAUCCUGAGAAUCUCAUCCACAGAUGGGAAACACAAAGCCUUUUCUACCUGUGGAUCUCAUCUGUUUGUGGUUUCUUUAUUCUAUGGGACAGGCCUUGGUGUGUAUCUUAGUUCCAAUGCAUCGUCCUCUUCCUGGUGGGGCAUGGUGGCCUCGGUCAUGUACACUGUGGUCACCCCCAUGCUGAACCCCUUCAUCUAUUGCUUGCGGAACAGGGACAUCAAGAGGACCCUAGAAACACUGCUUGGGAGAAUGCUGUAUGCUCAAUGA